AUGAAAUCGUCUUUGUUUCUACGCCAGAUAUGGACGCUUGCAUGGAAAGACCUUCUUCUGCUCCUUAAUCCGAAGCGCCGAACCUUCACGAUCAUUCGUUCGGGGACAUUCCCGACCAUAUUUAUCGUCUAUAUCGCCUUCAUUAUCCGCGUGUACUGGCCUAAGGAGGUAUAUGGAAUUGGAAAUCCUGCUACCAUCCGGUCACUGCCAGAGGCCAUCAGUCAAGCUCCCGGGAACCGCAGAACCCUCGUGCUAUGCAACUAUGGACCACGAGGAGGCGACAUCGACAAAGUCAUCGAGCAAGUGGCCGCGACGGCGCGACAGGGUAGCGAGAACAAGGUUGAGAUUCUGACGGACCCCAACGACCUCCUCACAACAUGUCGAAGCUCCCUCCAAGGAGUAACGAAAUGUUAUGCGGCUGCCGAGUUUCACUCAUCCCCUACCGAGGGCGGUCUGUGGAACUAUACAAUUCGUGUAGACGGGACCUUCGGAUACAAGAUCAAUGUUGAGAAUAAUAACAAUGACGCGGAGAUCUUCCCCUUGCCGUUGCAGCACGCCAUUGAUGCAGCCAUUGCAUACAUCAGCUCUGGGGCGGGAUCAAAACCACUUCCGAACACGAUCAAGGCGCAACCUUAUACGUCCAAGACGCAAGAUGAAUGGGAUGACUCACUCGUUACAUCUAUCCAAAACGCAAACGCCAAGUAUAUCGCAGUGGUGUGGUACAUUGGGUUCAUUGGCCUCAGUUACCAGCUUGUUGGUCUUGUCGCGAAAGAAAGAGAACUGGGCAUGGCUGAGCUACUUGAAUCUAUGAUGCCGAAUGCCGCUCGAUGGCAGCCCCAAGCUGCACGGCUGCUCGGUCACUGGAUCGCCUUUACGAUCGUAUACUUCCCGUCCUGGAUUCUCAUGGCCAUCCUGGCGAAGGUUGGAGUGUUCCCAAAGACAUCGCCGGGGAUAUUGAUAAUAUUCUUCCUUCUGACGGGGCUCUCGCUCAACUCCUUCUCCAUCCUUGGUGCCUCCAUAUUCCGACGCGCACAACUGAGCGGAAUUACAGUCACGGUUGUGGCACUCGUUCUCGGAGUUGCGGCGCAGAUACCGGCAAAAACGUUAUCCACAGGCGCCGUCGCUAUCCUAAGCCUCCUCUUCACACCCAUGACGUUCGUAUUCCACAUGAUCUGGUUGGCACGCUACGAAAAUAAACAGAUCUCCCCCAACUUAGUCCAGGCGGCACCGGGCGCGACAUGGAGACUACCAGGCUUGGUAUUCUGGAUUUUCAUGCUGGUUCAGAUAUUCGCGUAUCCGGUCCUCGCCGCCUUCGUUGAGCGUGCGAUGUUCUAUACCGAUUCUCGCGGGAGGAGGGUAACAUACGAUGAUGACGCAGACCCAGUCGUGCUAUCGCACUUCACCAGGCACUAUCAGCCUAACUGGUUCUUCCGCUACAUUGCCCCCUUCUUUGGAGUCAAGAAGCCGGUCAUCAAAGCUGUGAACGAUGUAUCCCUGGCGCCCGUCAAAGGACAAAUCGUCUUGCUUGUAGGGGCUAACGGCUGCGGGAAGAGCACAACAUUGAAUGCGAUUGCUGGAAUUGGGGACGUGACAUCUGGCUCCAUAUGUGUCAACGGUUGUGGUGGCAUCGGCAUAUGUCCCCAACGGAAUGUACUCUGGGACCAUCUCACUGUAGCCCAGCACGCCCAGAUCUUCAACCGUAUCAAGUCGACUACUAUCAACCCUUCUGUGGAGAGCGAGCUGGAUCAACUGAUAUACGAGUGCGACCUGUCCCGGAAGAAGAAGGCUUACUCAUACACACUCUCGGGUGGCCAGAAGCGGAAACUACAGCUCGUGAUGAUGUUGACAGGAGGCAGUCGAGUGUGCUGUGUGGACGAGGUCUCUGGAGGUCUGGAUCCGGUCUCCAGGCGGAAGAUAUGGGACAUCCUGCUUGCCGCACGCGGUACGAGAACCAUUAUACUCACUACACACUUCCUUGACGAAGCCGAAUUCCUCGCUGAUCAUAUGGUCAUCAUGACGAAAGGCUCUGUGAAGGCUGAAGGCUCCGUCUCCCAGCUGAAGACGAAGCUGGGCAGCGGAUAUCGGUUUCACUUCCUCCACGGCGCGGGUUAUAGCGAGCUGCCUGAUGUUGAGGAUCUGUUCGUAGGAGCGCCAAAGGAGAGCCUGUUCGACCAGACAAUCUUUACCGUCUCAGAAAGCACUCGGAUGACUCAAAUUAUCAAGGAGCUGGAGAAGCGCGGUAUCAGAGACUUUCAAGUCACCGGUUCUACAAUUGAGGAGGUGUUCAUGAAGCUUGCUGGGGAAACGGAGGCAGCUCUGUCGAUCGAGACAUCUGAAUCUACUCUCACACAUGAUCUCCCUAUCAAAGCCGUAUCAAACGAGGGCAAAGCAUUGGUUGAUCGAGAUGAGCCGCUCACGACCGGCAAACCCCUUGGCUUCAUGCAACAAUCAGUCAUUCUCUUCAAGAAGCGAGCGAUCGUCCUGAAGCGGAACUAUCUUCCCUACACAUUUGCAUUCCUUAUACCAGUCAUAGCCACGGCCUUAAUAUCGCUCCUGCUUAAAGACAAGAAGUACGCUGGAUGUUCUGCGGCACAGCAAAUUUCCGAAAGCGAAUUCGAAACACUGGAGACCAACAGAGACUACAAGCCAUUACUGUUGCUGGGUCCAACCAAUGCUUUUACAGAGGUCAACCUGGGGUCUCUUCAGACGAUCUUGCCAAAUCAAUUUCAAGGUGCUAAGUCGUCCCUGGGUGCACUUCAAGAAUAUGUCAGCCUCGUUGAUAGUUUCGACGAUUAUCAAGCGUAUCUUCGGGCGAACUUCAGCAAGGUGACCCCAGGGGGGUUCUUUCUCGGUCAAGAACCUGUCUUCAGCUUCUAUUCGAAUCUGGGUUUCCUAGGGCUUUAUUCUGGCAUCUUCAUGCAGAAUAUAGUCGAUGUGCUCUUAACCAACACCACAAUCGUAACAUCAUUCCGCUCCUUCAGCUACCCAUGGCCAUCCGACACCACCAACCAAAUCCAGUUCAUCUUCUACUUCGGCCUCAUCAUGUCCUGCUAUCCCGCCUUCUUCGCCCUUUACCCAACCCGCGAGCGCCUUCGCAAGAUCCGCGAACUGCAGUACUCCAACGGCGCACGCCCGUUGCCCCUCUGGCUGGCGUACCUCUCUUUUGACUGGCUAAAUGUCCUCGUCGCAAGCGGCCUGAUGACGAUCAUUCUCGUGGCCGCCGCAGGGGAUAACUGGUGGAACGUCGGAUAUCUCUUCGUCGUGCUGUUCCUGUACGGACUCGCAUCGCUCCUGUGGGCAUACUUGGUCGCUCUAUUCGCAAAGUCCCAGCUCGCCGCGUUCGCCAUCGCAGCAGGGACGCAAGCCUUUUUGUUGCUCAUGUACUUCACCGGUGUGAUGAACAUCCAAUCCAACAUGGAGGCCAGCAAAGUCAACAAUGCCCUGACAAUCUUCAACUACACAUUCAACCUCAUAGCCCCAAGCGGAAACCUGGCGCGUGCGCUUUUCAUCUCGAUGAAUCUGUUUGGCACACUCUGCCGCGGCACACCUCCACGCAUGGCCUCGUACCCAGGGGAAAUCGGGCUCUAUGGCGCUCCAAUCGCAUACUUGCUCGGACAAUCCCUCCUCAUGUUCACCAUCUUACUGAUCGUCGACCACGGCUGGACCGCAAAAUGGUUCCACAAGACCCUUCCAGCGAAAGAUGGCGAAGACCACACAACCCUCGAAAAAGAAGUCGCAGAUGAAAUCACCCGCGUCGAACACUCGAACGAUGGCCUGCGCGCUCAGCACCUAUCGCGCGAGUACAAAUCGCCCUCGCGCGAGAGAAUGACGGUAGUCGAUGAUCUCACUUUCGGCAUCGACAAGGGCGAAGUGUUUGCUAUGUGCGGUCCCAACGGCGCCGGAAAGUCCACGACCAUCGGCAUGCUGAGAGGCGAGAUUUUGCCGUCCCGAGCUGGCGCGAGUAUCCAUAUCGGGCCCGUCGACGCUUUGCGCGACCGCCGCGCCGCUCGCGCCCGGCUGGGCGUGUGCCCGCAAUUCGACGCCGUGGAUCAGAUGAGCGUUCUCGAGCACUUGGAAUUCUACGCCGGUGUCCGCGGGAUCCCUUCGUCGUGCGUCACUUCGACCGCGGAACAACUCAUCCGCGCCGUCGGGCUGGAGAGGUUUGAGAACCGCAUGGCGAGUAAGUUGUCCGGCGGUAACAAGAGGAAAUUGAGUCUUGCGAUUGCCUUGAUUGGGAAUCCGGACGUUGUGCUGUUGGAUGAGCCGAGUUCGGGCAUGGAUCCCGUGGCUAAGAGGGGUAUGUGGGAGGUGCUGAGGAGGUUUGUCGCGGGGAGGAGUGUGCUGCUGACGACACACUCCAUGGAAGAAGCAGACCACCUCGCCACGCGCGUCUGCGUCGUCGCCUCGGGCCGCAUGCUCGACAUCGGCACGACGUCGCACCUGCGCCGGAAGCACGGCCACGGGUUUCACAUCCAGCUCAUUUGCGCGUCGGCGCCGCAUACGACGUCGGAGGAGAUGGAGCAGGUCAAAGCAUGGGUCGAGGAGACGCUGCCUGGCUCCCAGAUGGAAGGGUUCGCGUAUCAUGGGCAGUUGCGCUUCAAUGUGCCUGCGAAACGACUAGCUGCGUUGGGGGAUAACAUUAGGGAGAAGAGGGUCGAUGGGGUAGAUGAUUCUGCCGAAGAGGAAGAAGAACUCACCGUCGGGCAACUCUUCGUGCUCCUCGAGGAGCACAAGGAACGGCUCGGACUGGAGUUCUACUCUGUGAGUCCGAGUACGUUUGACGAGGUGUUCUUGCGGGUCAUUGAGAAACAUGAUGCGGGCGAGGAGCCCGAGACGCCCAAGAGGAAGAAGGAUUGGAAGUACUGGGUUGGGACGGUGUUGCGAAUCUGGCUUCUGAUUCCGAGGCGUUAG